AUGCCAUAUUCCGCACUCGUAUCCUUCUACUAUGGUGAGCGGGUCAAAUGGAUGGCAGUGGGGAUAGAGCUACCUUUAGGUAGACCGAAUAACGCCACGCUUAUCGACCAAGUGCGUCGGUGCCGCAAGCUAAAAAUCUCCAUGCCAACCGCCAAAGGGUAUUGGGGAGAAGAGCUGCAGCCUCUUUCGCUACGGCCUACAGUGUGUGAGUUGGCAAAGGAUUUCGACACCGACUACGCUGCGUCUGUGAUCAGCAAGUUUCGGAUCAAGCCCGACAUCGUCCUUGGUAUCAGCAAGCUCCUUUACAAGCUGGAGAAGUGGUUGAAACAAGCCAAGGACACCGCUGAAUCGAGCAGCCUCCGCCGUAUUCUUCUAUGGCAUCCGUCAUGGGGUCGAUGCCGCCGGGAAACACAAGCCCUCAUGAACGACUUGACCAAUAGACUAGAGUUUGCCGAAAGACAGGUGCAGUCAGUGAGCAGCAGCGAUGAUGAUAAGAGCAAUACUUAUACCAGUUUGAACGAGCAAGUGAAUGUGUAUCUUCCAGGGGUUCAGAAGAAGUAUCCCUUGGCCAUGUCUGCCUCUUUGCUUCGACGAAUUGCCCUCCGCCAGUACGCAUGUCGGUGGUUUCUCUGUGCCCGUCACGGUGAGAACCAGCUAGCUCAUCAUACUCGGAAGCUAGGCUUCCCCCAACCGGCACCAGCUUUUACAACUACAAUCUUGCCUCCGCCUCCCACCGUCCCUCCUGGGGCCACGGACUUCAUUUGCCCCUGCAGUGACACACUCCCGAAAAAGAUGUACCAUCCGGUCCCGUGGCGAAAGCAUGUGCUCCACGAUUUCCACCCUUACAUUUGCAUGCAUGCCGACUGCGGAAAGGCCUUUGGAGAUGCGGAUGUUUGGGAACAGCACAUGCUCCAGCACGGGAAUUACUGGGCCUGCUACCAGCCAGGAUGCCACGACAUCACUAUCCCUUUGCACCGGAGCUACAAGACCGAUGAGCACUGUCAUCUGAUCCAUGGCUUGGAUGAGCGACCCCCUGACUCGCGCCACAGACAACCUUCCAGUAAGCUUGAGUUCAAGAAGUGUCCCCUCUGUCAGGCGUCGUUCUCGGAUUCUAGAUCGACAGAGAUCAAGUGGCAUAUAGCCGCGCAUCUAGAGCGGGAGAUCAUGUGCAUGCGAGCUUGA